GGACCAAUCGUCACGUGGGAGACAUGAGCAUCCUGUCCGAUAACUUGUCGUGCCACCACGCCAUCGACGACUUCCGCAACCGCGUGUACUCCACCUUGUACUCCAUGAUCUCCAUCAUGGGCUUCGUGGGCAACGGCGUCGUCCUGUAYGUGCUCAUCAAGACCUACCGGCAGAAGACAGCCUUCCAGAUCUACAUGCUCAACCUGGCCGUCUCCGACUUUCUGUGUGUUUGCACGCUGCCCCUUCGGGUCGUUUACUAUGUGCACAAGGGAAACUGGUUCUUCAGCGAUUUGCUGUGCAGGAUCAGUUCRUACGCGCUCUACGUCAACCUCUACUGCAGCAUUUUCUUCAUGACCGCGAUGAGCUUCUUUCGCUGCAUAGCCAUCGUUUUUCCAGUGCAGAACAUCAACCUGGUGACGGAGAAGAAGGCCAAGCUGGUCUGUGUUGGCAUCUGGAUCUUUGUUACGCUGACAAGCGCUCCCUUCCUGCGCAACGGGAGUUACGAACACGGCAACAAGACCAAGUGCUUCGAGCCCCCYGAAAACUCCCAGAAGACAAAUCUCGUCGUGAUCCUGGAUUUUAUUGCCCUGUUUGUGGGCUUCAUUUUGCCCUUUGUUGUCAUAACCAUCUGCUACACCAUGAUCAUACGGACCCUGCUGAAAAAUUCCCUGAAGAAGAACCAGGCCAACCGCAAGAAGGCCGUGUGGAUGAUCAUCAUCGUGACGGCUACCUUCCUGGUCAGCUUCACCCCCUACCACAUCCUGCGUACGGUCCAUCUGCACGUGCUGAGGCUGAAGAACGCCAGUUGUGAGGAUGCCAUCUACCUGCAGAAGGCUGUGGUGGUCACGCUGCCCUUGGCAGCAUCCAACUGCUGUUUUGACCCGCUCCUCUACUUCUUUUCGGGGGGCAACUUUCGGAAGAGACUCACCACAUUUAGGAAGGUCUCUUCCUCCAGCAUAACGCAGGCCUUCAGGAAAAAGUUCUCCAUCAAAGAAAGGGAUGAGGAACCCUUUGGAGAAAGCCAAAAGGUAAAUGGGAAYGCGACGGAGGGCCAUUCGUAGAGCGUUGAGUUUUCCUGCGGGAUCUCAAAUGGACAACCAAGAUCACAAAACUGUUUCAGUGACGAUGAACAAAGCCCGUAAAUCAUUGUCGCAAUUAGGUAUAUAAUAAUUAGAGUGGACAGUCUAGUUUAUGCUAGUUGGAAAUGGGGCUGGGACUGUGAGGUGAUGAGGAGCACGGGCUCCUCGAGCCGGGGCAAGCCCAGACAGAGCCCACAGCCGCGUCCAGCCCCUCGGCGGGAGCAUCGGCAUCAACGGCCUUUA